AUGAUUCAAAAUUUUGUUGCUUAAGAUGCAUGUUGCCUUGAAAUGGAUCCUGAGAUAUAUAUUCAUAAUAUUAAAGAAAUUAGAUCUUUAUUAGGAGACAAAGUCAAGAUUUGUGCAAUAAUUAAAUCGGAUGCAUAUGGACAUGGAAUUAAGGAGAUGAUAGAUUCAAUUGUAAGAUCAGGAGUAGAAUAUAUCAGUGCUGUUGAUAAUUGUGAGUUUAGAAUCAUAAUUAAAUGGUUUAGAGAGAAUAAUAUAAAUCAUAUUAGAUUGUUUAGAACUGCACCAGCUACGAAAGAAGAACUAAUUGAGUCUUUAAUUAAUAAUUGGGAUGUAGAGGAAGUAGUAGGAUCAUUAGAUUAAGCAUAAUAUUACUCAAAGAUUAUUAAUGAUAUAUCAGACAGUCUGGGAAAGGAUAUCAUAGUCAAAGUACAUAUUAAUGUUGAGACUGCUAUGGGAAGAAUGGGUUUUCGAAAAAUAAGUGAUAUAUAAUUCACUUAAAAAAUUAAGAAUUUAAAUGUGAUAGGAAUUAUGACUCACUUAGCUGGAGAAUAUUAAGUUCCACCACAAGAUGAAGUUGCUACUAGAACUUAAAUGGAAAUGUUUUAAGAAGUUCUAUCACAAUUAAAACUAGAUUAAAAUGUCAUUAAACAUGUUGCUAAUUCAGGAGCUUCAGCUACUAAAAAAUAUACUCACUUUGAUAUGGUUAGAGUUGGAUAAAUCGCUUUUGGUGAAGACAAUAAUCAAUAUUUAGAUCCAAAAGGAGUAAUUAAACCAAUUUUUUUAAAAUGGAAAACUAUAGUUGCCAUAAUAAUCAGAGAUAUUCCCCCCAAUAGUCCUAUUGGUUAUAAUGGAAUUCAAAAAACUAGGUCAGAUAAAUCAUCGAUUACAGCCACUAUUCGAGUUGGUUAUGAUUAUGGAUUCCCCUAAUAUGGAUGUUUAAAUAAACAUUUAGUUUUGAUAAGAGGAAAAAGAUUUCCUAUUAUUGGGAAAACUUCUAUGAAUAUGCUUGUUGUUGAUAUCACAGAUUAAGAUUAGGAUAAUCAAGUUUAAUUAGGAGAUGAAGUUGUUAUUAUUGGUAAAUAAGGAACUGAAUAUAUAAGUUGGGAAGAGUUUUCUCAAAAAUAACAAAAGAAAACUCUCGUAUAAUGCUUAGAAAUUGCUAAUCAAUGUCCAAAAAUUAUAGUAAAAUCAAAAUGAAUUGACAAACAAAAUAUUAAUGUAAC